AUGGAGAUUUACCUCUGGAAGAGAACAAGAUCUCCAGAACUACCCGGUUUGCCCGAGCUCCCGGCGCGCCGCACGCUCGGGGAGCCGCGCGGGGCGCGCAGCCCCAGGCCAGCCGAGCGCCGGGCCGGCUGCUGCGGGCGGGGAGGGAGCGCGGGGCGGGAGCUGAUUGACGGGGCGCGCGGUCAGGUGACCCGGGGCGCCACGUUCCCGGAGCCCAGCCCGCGGUGGCCGCCUGGGCCGGGCCGGGGCCGAACCGGAGCCGAGAGGGGCGGCUCUCUCGGAACAAAGUUGCUGGGCCUGCGGCGGCGGGGGCCGGCGGCCGAGGGCCGAGGGCCGGGGGGAGCGGGAGCGCUCGGCCGCCUCCUCCCGGGGAGGGCCGGCCCCGGGGUGCCCUGCCGCGAGCCCGUUUCCCGGGGGGACGGCGGCGCGCCCCCUCCCUCUUCUGCCUCCUGCGCCGCUCUCCAACAAAGGGGCAGGCCGGCGGCGGCGGGGGAGGAGGCGGAGGAGGAGCCGCCGGAGCGAGCCGCUCGCGCACAAAGUUGUGGAGUCGCCUUUCCUCGGAGGAGGGGAGCGGGCAGCCGCAGCCGGCCGCGAGCUUUCUCCCGAAGCCGCUUGGAGCACCGCGGGGAGCGGUGCCUCCUUUCUCCCGGGUCGUUUCUGCAGACGGAAAACUCUCUAGUGUUUGGCCAACUUGGUGCCGGCGCGCCGGUUCCAGAUUUGCGCUUGGACUGUUUUGUUUUUGUUUUUGGCGGAACUACCGGGCAGGAAGAUUGCACAAGUUGGGGGCGUUUUCAAUCGGGUGUCAAAAAAAAAAUUUUUUUUUUUUUUUCCUUUCGGAUUUGUCUGGUCCUUCACAUUUCCUUUUUAAAGCACGUUGCUCCACGGAACUCACGCUCGCACACUCCCCAGCGAUCAUUGAGGACCCAAACACGCCCAGAGGAGCGCGGCCCGCUCGGGACGCGGCGGCGGCGGCGGCGGCGGCUGGCGGGCAGGCGGCGCGGGCCUGCGGGUCCUGGAGCAGGUAUUGAUGUCGAGCUGGACCAUUAUAGAAAGCUGGAAGUCUUAAAAAGAGGAUUUAAUACAGUCUUUGGAUUAAAUUGAAACUCUGCAAAGAUGGCCAAGUAUGGAGAACAUGAGGCCAGGCCUGAUGAUGGGCAGAAUGAAUUCAGUGACAUCAUUAAGUCCAGAUCUGGUAGGUAACGGAAGCUUAAGAAAAUGAUGGAUUAUUAUGAAUAAAUUACUUUAGAAGACAUGGGCUUUUUUUUGGCUUGUUUUUGCAUUGUUCUUGUGAGACAAACUUCUUUUGAGCAACACAGUUCUGAUAAGUGACUAUUGUAAAAAGUAAUGAAUGGGUCUCUGAGUGUCCUGUCUUAAUUGCCAACUCAUUUUGGUCUUAUUGUAUGCUUAUGGACACUGUUUGGUGAAAUGCCUUCUGCCUCCUGUAGUUGAAUGCUUUUCCUUGAUGAGACCACCACUUUCCACACAGACACACAGCUGAGCAGUUUUUUCUUGUUGUUCGAAGUUUUAUGAAGUUGAAUGGAUUACGUGCUUAAAGUACAAAGUAGCACAGUUUCUGGUAAGGUGGUUCUUCCUGAGUCUUGCUUCCAUUACUGUAUAUCCUUACAUCACCAUGUCUUUUUGGUGGCCAGGGUCAGGCCAACAGAUAUCUACCUUUGCUUUCCUUUUUGAAACUUUUUAUGAGUCUUCUGAAGGUACACUUUUCACAUGGGUAACCUAAGUCAGAUUGAUGGUUUUCAUGUGACAUUUAGAUUGGGGACUGAAGGGUACCACUCUCUUCCUCGUUUUUAUAUAUAUAUAAUUGAGUGAUUUUUGACUCUGGCUGUACAAAUGAACAACUGGGGAGGCUUUAAAAAAUGCAGAUGCACUGGCUCCCCUCCAGACCUGUUGAAUAAAAAAUUUCUGCAUUUUUAAAAAUCUUCAAAUAUGAUUCUGAGACGGGCUCUAAGGGGAGAUAUUUUUGAGUAGACAGGGACUUUCUGACUUUUGAAAAUUACACAGAACUCCACCCUGGGUGUGAACACUAUACUUAAGUAACUUUGAGAGUUACUUUGAGGUAUAAAAUUACUUCCAGUGUAACUUGAAAAACAAAAAAAGGAACCUAAUCCCUGUUUUUGCUGUGUGAACCAUCUUUAUACUAUGUUAGGAUCCUGUUUCUUAAUUAUUUGAAAUUGCAAAAAUACGUACUGAAAAUAAUCUGUAAAUUAAUAGAGACAUACAUUUAAGAUACAUAUUUCCCUCCAUGAUACUGGUGUCGGUUAAUUGGUAAAGGUUGUGGUUGUUAUAGUCUUGGCUCUAAAUAUGUAGCUACUGUUGUGUAACUUUAAGGAUCUCUUGGAGGUACAGCUUAAUAUCCUGUGUUAAAGUACACUCUUAGGAUGUUUUAUUUCUCUAAAUUUCUUUUUGUUUAAGUGUUUUCGUAGUGUGAAGUACUAUGUAGAUAAAAGAGAUUAUGAAUAUCUUCUUAAGAGCACAGAAUGUAAAUCCAGAAAUAUGUAAAUGUAACAAAGAGGAAAAGAAAAGACACAACUUAACAUAUCCAUGUUUGUCAUGGUCUAUAAGUUGCGAGGAGGCAUAUUCUUGGAUAGUUUUCUGAGUCAAUGUCCAUUACAGUAAGACCUUUGAUAUUGAUAACUAGCCAUGUCCAUAGAAAAGUAAUUAUAUAAGUUUAAAAAUAUUGAGUAUAUCUGAUGAAUACACAUAACUCUUCUUUAAAUUAAAUAUUAUCAUUUAAAAAGACUGCCAGUUUUCUUACAUUAUUGGGGGACAGUUGGGCAGAAAUUCUCAUGUUUUUACCAUAUACAUACCAUUGGCUCAGUAACUCUAUUUUUAGAGUUUUCCCCGAGGGAAUACACAGACAUGUACAAGCAAGAAUUUGAUCAUAGCAUUUUUAUAAUAGAAAAACAUUGGACACACCAUAAAAACUCAGUACUGAGGAUUGGUUAAGUCAUAAUUUCCCAAAGUAUUUGUGAAGGAGUACGAGUUCUGAUGUAUACUUCAAAAACCAAUGUCAUGGGCCAAUAACUUUAGGAAAUAAGUGGUUAACCUGCUUUGUUCCUUUAGUGUAGGGCAUCGGAACAGAUCAUGUAGAAUCUCAGUGGAGCUAAUUAAAAUAGGGUAUAUACAUAAAGUAGAACGUUGUACAUUUACAAAAAUGUUAUGGAUGUGUAUAAAAUACAUUCAUGGUAUUGUUAAGUAAAAAGUGUAAUAUGAAGUCCUAUAUGUGGGAAAUACUUAUUUCAAGAAGAUUUAGCAGAGCGUAUGUUCUUCUUGGUACUGUGGCAUUAUCAUUUUUCUCUUUUUUGCUCAUCUGUAUUUUCUAAAGUUCUUUAAUGAGUCUGUAUUAUGUAGUUCUUACAUUUUUAAAGACUCUCAAAUUGCUUAGAGUGUUUUAAUGCCACAGCUAUGACUGUUACUUUGGUGGCACCUACUUCACAACACAUUGAAAAGUUAGCUGUUGCAUAGCUGAGAUAUGAAUCACAUUCUUUUGGCUGGGUUAUGUUGCAAAAGUCCGUAGAUAAAUUUGGAUUUGAAUGGGCCUGUAUUAGUCCCAAUCUUGCUUUCUGGAAGGCACUUUUUUGAUUCUUUUAAGGUAAAUAUUAGUAUACGGUGGUCAGGUCUCAUAGUACUCUAAAAUUUAUGUAUUGAAAAGGGAUUUUUAGUUCAUUUUAUGUCAAAGGAAUCAUCUACAUAUAAUGCAUAUUUUUAAAGAUCUUCCUUGGAUGUGUUCUAUCCUGAAUUUUUGACCUUUUCAGUAUUUUAAAGGAAAAUGCAAAACUAUGUACUGAAAAUAAUUUGUAAAUUAACAGAGGUACACAUUUAAGAUACAUAUUUUUCUCCAUGGGAAUUUUAUUUUUUUGGGAAAUAAAAUAUAGCGAAUUUUCUUACAGGAAAAUUUCAAUACUAAUCUGUUCCUCUAUAUUUCUUCCUUUUGGGGGACUGGAUUUGGGGGAGGGGUAGAGAUUGGGUGGGGAAAAAAUUGCUAUUGAGAGUAUAUUGAUCACUUAAAUCUGGGUUUAUGAAGAUUCUUCUCUUUCUUCCCUGAAUCCUUGGGUUUGGGCAGCGUGAAAGCCUGGCAUAAUAGAAAUAUUUGUGCAUUUAAGUUACUAGAAUUAUUUCAGAAAUUUUUUUUUU